CUGGGGAUCCCCGACCACCCAGCGUUGUGGUCCCUGCGUCUCUCGAACACGGCGCCUCCGAGGAAGGGCGGUCGGAGAGGAGCUUCAGCCCGGAAGCCGGGCAGUCGCUGAGCGCCGCAGGCAGCCGUGCGGACCGAGGCUGCUCGGCUGCCUCCGCCGCCUGCCCCAGGGCUUCGUCGCGCUUCCUGUUCCGUCAUGGCCAGACUCUGGCUCUGCGCGGGGGGCGCGGGCUGCUUGCUCGUUUUUCUGGUUUUGCACUCGCGCCUUUCUGGCUCUCCGGUUUUGAGGGAGUUUGUGUUUCAAAUUUCCUGGAGAACUGAGGACGUCCCGUACCGGCUGGACGUGGGUUGGCCUAAGCACCCCGAGUACUUCACUGGGACAACAUUUUGUGUUGCCGUUGACUCCCUGAACGGACUGGUUUACGUUGCCCAAAGAGGGGAUGGCAUCCAGAAGGUGUUAGUGUUCACAGAGGACGGGUACUUCCUGCGAGCGUGGAACCACACGGUGGACGCCCCACACGGCAUGUUCGCUGCCAGCGCGCCGCAGGAGCAGUGGGUCUGGGUCACGGACGUCGGGAGCGGACCCUUUGGUCACACCGUUAAGAAAUACAGUGCCUUCGGCGACCUCGUCCAGGUCUUGGGCACCCCGGGCCAAAGGGGCACGGGCCUGAACCCCCUGCAGUUCGACAGCCCCGCAGAGCUGUACGUGGAAGACACGGGGGACAUGUACAUCGUGGACGGAGACGGAGGGCUGAAUAACAGACUGAUCAAGCUGUCCCAAGAUUUCGCGAUGCUCUGGCUGCGUGGGGAAAAGGGCACAGGGCCUGCCAAGUUCAACGUGCCUCACAGCGUCACCGUGGAUUCCUCUGGUCGGGUGUGGGUUGCUGACCGAGGAAACAAAAGAAUCCAGGCCUUUGAGAAGGACACCGGGGAGUGGCUGGGAGCCUGGGACGACUGCUUCGCAGAAGAGGGGCCUUCCUCCAUCAGGUUCACCCCGGACGGGCAGCACGCGGUGGUGGCCCAGCUGAACCUGAGCAGGCUGCUCCUCAUGGCCGCGCCCCCCGGGGGCCGCAUCGGCUCCUGCUCCGUGCGGCGCGCCGUCCAGCUGGCUGACCAGGUCUCGCCCCACCUCGUGGACGUCAGCGGGCGGACUGGGGCCAUCUACGUGGCAGAGAUUGGAGCAAAACAAGUACAGAAGUACGUCCCUUGGAGGAGCUCUUUCCCGCCCUUCCAUUUAUGACGCCGCUUGGCCCGGAGCCCCUUCAGGUGAAAGUUCAGACUCUGCACAUUGCUGUUAAGUGCCUGAGAAUAACGUUCAAGUGCAAUUCAUUUCUUUAUUUUUUUUUACCUGAUCUGGUGUCAGAAAACUUGUUUCAAUGUCACGAAGAAUUGUAUUGCGUUGCCGUUGUCGUGACUUAAUUUUGCAUGUAAAUGCACAAGGAUGUUUUGCUGAAACAUGCUGUAACUAAAAAACAGGUCAGAGAGAGGGAGUAAGGCUGUAACCCCGUUAUUUGUCCUGGUAAACUGUUCCUGGGGCCGGGGGAAGAAACAGGAAUCAAAGUGGGUUUUUAGGAUAACUUACUGAAUUUUACGCGGAGAACCACAGACCACCGGCUGACUCACGUCACGUCAGAUGGCCCGAGGGAUGGGGCCCGCGGGCGCUGGCCCAGCCGCUGCGGAAAUGGCGAGGCAGGGUCAUCCGGGUCCCGUCGGGCAGCCCACGGACGCACAGGACAGCCGUUCACGCGUGCGGUGGGGCUGGGGGAGGUGCCCGCCCUGGCGGUCGGGGACCCAGAGACUUCACGGUGGGGGGGGCCCGCCGGAGCUGCACCUUGAAAAGCCGGGGCGGAGAGGAACCUCCCAGCCCAGGCAGACAAGUGACCAAGCGUCACAGGCGGGCCGUGAGCUCGGGGGCUGCUUUGAAAAAGCCCUGCUUGGCUUUGGCCCUUCGGUUGUGAGAUGCAAAGGCGUUUUUGCAGACGGGGCUCCCCUCAGUGCCCCCCUUUCUCCUCAGCCUGCGUUCAGUGUUCCCAGUGUCUGUCCACCUCAUGCAGGCCCAGGAUGACCGCACGGGGCGCCGGCCGAACGGAGCGCGUGAAGGGACUCGCUCCCCGCCUUUCUGUCUCCGCGCCUCUUGUUGGCACUGGGGUGAGGACAGCAGCUCUCCAGUGAGGACUGUUUUGCAGUUUCCUAGUUCCUCUGAGAUGCGGGUGGACCCUUCGCCGGUUCCCGCCUCCCGGAUCACGCUCCCCCGGCCCCCUGCCUUCCUCUUCCUCCCAGCGCAUC